AUGGACGAAGUUACUCGUGGCCUCGAUUUCGUUUAUGUGUAUAUUGAUGACAUUCUCAUCGCUAGCACGAACGCCCUCGAACACGAAGUCCAUCUACAAUUACUUUUCGACCGUUUUCGACAGUAUGGUGUGGUGAUCAACCCCGCUAAAUCCGUGUUUGGUGUUUCAUCUCUCGAGUUCCUUGGACACAACGUUACUGCACACGGUAUUCAACCCCUUGACUCGAAAGUCAAAGCCAUCCGUGAUUUUCCCCUCCCUACGUUGCUCACCAAACUUCGAGAAUUCCUUGGCCUUGUGAAUUUCUACCGCCGGUUUAUCCCCCAAUGUUCUCACACCUUCAGCCUCUCACUGACAUGCUCGCUUCCACAGGCUCCACCAAGAAGACAAAUAACACCCCACUCCAAUGGUCCAAACCAACCACCUCUUCUUUUCAGAAGAUCAAGAACGCCCUUGCUGAUUUCACUCUACUUUCACACCCAAAAUCUGACGCUGAGCUGUGCCUGAUGACCGAUGCCUCCGAUGUUGCAGUUGGUGCCGUUCUACAACAACGAGUCAACAACGUUUGGCAACCACUCGGUUUCUUUUCCAAACGCCUUCAACCAGCAGAAAACCCGGUACAGCACCUUUGGACGCGAACUCCUCGCAGUGUACCUUUCUAUCCGCCACUCCCGCCACCACCUUGA